UCAGCUGUUAGCUCUGCUUCAAGCCUUUUCGCUGCCCAUCGCUGCCUGCACGAAGGAAAUAUAUGAGAUCCCCUCUCGUCCCUGAAAUGGCGACACAGGAGGUACAGCUGAAUGAGACUCUGUCUCAUCUCAAAACGGAGUCGGACACGCUGAAGGCGAAGCUGGAGGAGGAAAGAGCGAAGCUGCACGACGUUGAACUACAUCAAGUGGCAGAGAAGGUGGAAGGGCUGGGUCAGUUUGUCAUGAAGACCCGAAGAACUCUGAAGGGACAUGGCAACAAAGUUCUGUGCAUGGACUGGUGUAAGGACAAGAGGAGGAUCGUCAGCUCCUCACAGGAUGGAAAGGUGAUUGUGUGGGAUGCUUUCACCACCAACAAGGAGCACGCUGUGACAAUGCCUUGCACCUGGGUGAUGGCCUGCGCCUACGCCCCCUCCGGCUGCGCUGUAGCUUGUGGGGGCCUGGAUAAUAAAUGCUCGGUGUAUCCCCUCUCUCUGGACAAAAAUGAGAACUUGGCUGCCAAGAAGAAGUCAGUGGCCAUGCACACAAACUACCUGUCAGCCUGCAGCUUCACCAACUCCGAUAUGCAGAUCCUGACGUCCAGUGGGGAUGGAACAUGUGCAUUAUGGGAUGUUGAGAGUGGGCAGCUGUUGCAGAGUUUCCAUGGGCAUGCCGCAGACGUGCUCUGUCUCGACCUGGCCCCCUCUGAGACUGGAAAUACGUUUGUUUCAGGGGGCUGUGAUAAGAAAGCCAAUGUGUGGGACAUGCGUUCAGGACAGUGUAUUCAGUCCUUUGAAACUCAUGAAUCGGACAUAAAUAGUGUGCGAUACUAUCCCAGUGGAGAUGCAUUUGCAUCUGGCUCUGAUGAUGCUACAUGCCGGCUGUUUGAUUUGCGGGCAGACAGAGAAGUGGCUAUUUACUCCAAAGAGAGCAUCAUAUUCGGAGUCUCCAGUGUUGAUUUCUCUCUCAGUGGACGGUUACUAUUUGCCGGCUACAAUGACUACACCAUCAAUGUGUGGGAUGUUCUCAAAGGAACACGGGUCUCGAUUCUGUUUGGCCAUGAGAACCGUGUCAGUACACUGCGUGUUUCUCCAGAUGGGACGGCCUUCUGCUCCGGGUCCUGGGACCACACUCUUCGGACCUGGGCUUAAGGAUGAAGACACAGAUGAUUCAAUGGUAGACAACCUUACUGAAGACACACCAACAUUUCUGUUUGCUAGAGUACAAUCACAGAGAUGGACAGUCUUUUUGGUUGUACAUAGGGCAUAUCGAUAGCAUUGUGUAUAUAUUCCAGUCUCAUGGUCAUAGUAGAUUUACAUAUUUCAGAGUAAUUAAACCAAAUGGCACGCUUCUGUUACAGUAUGAUUGAAAGAAAAUUGCACAGAUGCUUAUGGUUACAACUUAAGAUGUAUAAUGCAGAAAAAUACCAUUGGUAGUGACUAGCAUCAGUCUAGGAUAGAAGUGACACAAUAAAGUGAUGUGUUGUAUAAGCCCACAUAAAGGACACUACUUGUUCGUUGUUUUUUGCACACAAAAUAUUGGAGGAAUGCAGACUGAAGAAGAAAAUAUGAUAAUGGGAUGUAAAAUACAUCUGCAGAGGAAGCAGUAAGGCUCCUAUGAAGGCCUUAGGUUAAAAUUUGCUUGAGUUUCUUAUUCCACUGACUGUGAACAUGCGAAAUGAUAAUGAGGAGGAUUUGAUUGCCUUGUAAAACAAAAUGUUUCAAUAAUAGAUAAGUUUGAAGCCAUUUGAUGGAUCAUUGGCAUUAAAUAUUAAUCAACAAAGGUACAACAAUGUAGUUGAUAUAAGAAGGAAAUGCAUAUAAUUCCAAACCCUGUGCACCCAACAAGCCUUGACAGCAAUUCACCUGCCAAUAUUAUUCCAAUGUAAAACUAAGCACAUGUUGAAGUUAAAUAAAAUAUGAUGUUCCCUCUGAAUUAUUUCUAAAUGUCUGUUUCCAGCUGUGGAAGCCACGUACUGCUCUGUGCACUCAGAAUCUGAAUCUGUGGCCCCUUACUAGACGUAUACAUACUAAUAUAAUACAUUCUUAGAAUGUACUCUUUUUCAUGCAGUUGUCCAAUGGCUGAAAUUAUUUGGUUGUAGUUUGGUGUACAGUUAUUAAAGGGACUGUUUAUCAAAGUAUUUCAAACAUAAUAAACUGAGUUUUGAAUAUCA